GUCUGAUCUAAAGCUCCUAUUUGUCAGAGUAUUUGGUGCAUGGACUCAUGACAGACAUGAUUCAAUGAAUAAAUGAGUCUGGUGAACAUGGUAAAGGUGUGUGUACUUUUGAUAUGAUAGAAGACCGUUCUGUACGAAUCUCUCCAAACUACUGAUGCUAGAGUUUGAAUGCAGUGAUAUGACUUUUAUAAUAAAAUUAAUAAUACAAUUAAAAAAGAAAGAAAAGGUCUUAAUUACCCAGGGUAGUUAAUACUGCUCUUCCUCCUGGCCCAUCAUUUGCAAGGUUCCAAUUUACACCUGGUUAGAGAGGGGGGACGUGGAUUAACGUCUUGACAAAAGAUGUUAUAGUGCCGGGCUGGCAUUCGAACCUACAACCAUGGGUUGAGAGGCAAGUAAAUGAACCACUAUACCACGAUUAUUGAAUGCGGUUGUUUUCAGAGAAUGAAAACUCAAUUUUGAAUAACUCUAGAUCUAUCUAAAGUAGAAGAAAGGAGUUAUAUUUAGUUGGGCAGCAUGAGACAAGCUUUCGGGACAUGGCAGAUUAUUGAGGCACCUGUCGUAUUUUGGACACUCCUCAAAGCGUUCGCCUUCUCUCCAGGGGGUAUAGAAUGGACAGAUCGCGCAUGCGCCAAAAACAACGAAGUACUGAGCUCACACAGUAGUCACGAUACAUUUUGUUCGGUGAACGAGCACCCGCAAUUCAGAAUUUACAAGUUUGAACCACGAAGACAGUUCAUGUUUAUUAGUGUAGCACAGUGAGUUGAUUUUGGACUGAAAGAACGUCGAUACAUAAAUUAUCAACGAAAACGAAUAAAUAAUCAUAUUAUGAAGCAUGCGAGCUAAAUCAGCACGCGCUUAAGGCGAAUUAUGUUCUUCAGCAAGCUAUAGAGACUGAGAAGCUAUCUGUAAUCAAUCCUGGAAUCAAGUUCGUGUUUUGGCAUUAAGCUACUUGUAACUGAAAGAGAUAGAGAAAGUCAUUAACGUUGGUGGAAGUUUAAAAGUCUGAUUACACUGUAAGAAAUUCGCAAUAGUUCUUUAAGGGAGAUUAGCGGCUUGAUUGAUCAUGCCUCUCGUGACAAGACUCUCCGGCGAAGGGGUGAUUUUAUCAGAUUCUAAUCGGAUCGAAACGGUGGAAGAGGAUGAGGAACUAGAAACUAUUCCACGAUCUCCGCCCACCCGCGAAAAUGGAGGCGUUGUCGAUGCCGGAGGAGGGAGUGAUGGGGGAGACGGAGAGGAGGAUGACCCCGAUGUGAGUGGCGGUGGUGGUGUGCAUCAAAACAGAGCAAUGAGGCUUUUACAGGAUAGACGGAGACUUGUGGAUCGAACGGUCAGUGAAGGCCAGCUGAGGAUCGUUCCAGUAGGACUACGGGUAAGGAGUAAAUCCACCGAUGAUGAUGGUGAGAGACCAGACUUCUUCGAACUACGCGCCAAAGAUGUAAUGAAAAACUAUUGGCUACGACAAACAUUCACGAGCUGGUGGGCUCUUAGAAGCACGCCUUUUGCGGCAGACCUUCUCCCAUGCAAGGGAGCCAGUGGUAUCACGGUCAAGUUCUUGAAGGAGAUGCACGACAUCCUGGUGGAGUAUGUCGAGGAGUCCUACGACCGUAGCACCAAGAUCCUGGAAUUCAACCACCCCCAUGACCUGAGGGAGAAGCUCCACCUGGAGCUCCCGGACAAGGCGGAGAACCUGGAUCAGAUCCUCAACGAUUGUAGGAACACGCUCAAAUACUGCGUUCACACAGGUCAUCCACGGUUCUUCAACCAGAUCUCACAGGGACUUGAUAUUGUCUCGAUGGCAGGAGAAUGGCUGACAGCUACAGCUAAUACAAACAUGUUUACAUACGAGAUCGCACCCGUGUUCGUUCUGAUGGAGAGGGCCACGCUGAAGAAGAUGAGGGAAAUCGUCGGCUACAAAGAUGGCGACGGUAUUUUCGCUCCAGGAGGCGCUGUCUGCAAUCUGUAUGCCGUAUUAGCAGCCAGGCACAAGUUCUUCCCAGCAUGCAAGAGACGUGGAAUGUUUGGUGUGCCCAAUCUUGUCAUGUUCACAUCGGAACAGAGUCAUUUCUCGAUCAAGAGGGCGGCCUCCAUUCUAGGUAUUGGCACAGAUAAUCUCAUCCUUGUUGAAACAGACGCCCGGGGGAAGAUGAGUGCAGAUGAUCUAGAAAACAAAGUUCAGCAAGCCAUUGGAAGGGGUGAAAAACCGUUCUUCGUCAACGCAACUGCUGGGACAACUGUUGUUGGAGCUUACGACCCUAUCAACAAAAUAGCCGAUAUCUGCUCAAAAUACAACCUGUGGAUGCAUGUAGAUGCUGCUUGGGGAGGGGGCGCGCUUCUAUCUCGGAAACACCGCCAUAAGGUGGAUGGCGUGAGCAGAGCUGAUUCUGUGACAUGGAACCCUCAUAAGAUGAUGGGAAUCACUCUCCAAUGUGCUGCUGUACUUUUCAAAGAAGACGGUCUGUUGGAGGACUGUAACUCGAUGCGCGCCCCCUACCUGUUCCAACAGGACAAGCACUACGAUGUAUCGUUCGACACAGGAGAUAAGACCAUACAAUGUGGGCGUCACGUGGAUGUCUUCAAACUCUGGCUGACAUGGAGGUCAAAGGGAACGAGGGGUUACGAGGCCCAGAUCAACAAACUCUUCGAUUUAGCUCAAUACCUAGUGGACAGGAUCAAGGCAAAAGAAGGCUUCGAACUAGUGUAUGACAAGCCGGAGUUAACCAACGUAUGUUUUUGGUACUACCCACCUUCUCUACGUGAGAUGGAGAACUGUCAGGAAAAACAGCUCAAACUUCACAAGGUUGCCCCAGAGAUCAAGGCAAUGAUGAUGAACAAGGGGACGGUGAUGGUGGGCUACCAGCCGCUGGGCAGUAAGGUCAACUUCUUCAGGAUGAUCGUCAAUAACACAGCAUCUACAAAAGCAGACAUCGAUUUCAUGCUGGACGAGAUUGAACGACUGGGAAAACCAUUGACCUGGGACGCUUAAUGAGACAUGAAUACGUUGUUAUACUGUGAUCGAUGCUCGUUACUCCGAAGGUUCAUAAUUCCAAACGUGUAUGAUUCCAAGGGCUGAUAAUGCCAGGCGUUUGCAAUUUAAAGCUUUGUGAUUCUAAAGCCUCGUGAUUCCAACGGUUUGUAAUGUGUUUUUUUUAAGGGAAAAGGACUCAUUUAAUUUCAUUUCAUGUCAUUUCUUUAUUGUGUCCAUAUAGGGUAAUAUUCUGAAAGUACAUUUAUAAAAUCAUUUUCCAUUUUUCAGUAUGAUGAACCCUAAAACAUUUUGGGAAUUCUGAACCUAACUACAUUUUCGGAAUUACGAAUACUGUUCAAUUCUCAAAAUUACGAACCCGAUUCAAUUUUAGGAAUUAGGAACCCCGAGUAUUAACUUUUCGGAUAAACGAAUUCUCGGAAUAGAACCUCGGGAAGAACAAUAAACGAGCUGUAACUGUUGAUUUUACGCUUUAAAGAUUGUGCAGAUAGUCAAUUAUUUUAUUAACCUUAACAUUUAACCUUAACAUUCCUGGCACUAUGUAUAUAACACCUCUCACCUGCACACCUGGACAUCCCCAUGUCGCCACACACAUGCACUCGCACACAUCUGCAAGAACUUUCAGCAGUGAAGGAGGCAGAUUAUUUUUGAAGAAGAAGAAGAAGAUUUCAGACUUUGUAUGACAAAUGCUAACGGCGUAUAGGCCUAUUAGCAAAUAUUAUCGAAUGAAAUAUAAUUCCUUAAAAAUGUAAACAAUGACGGCAAGAAUAAUCUUCCCGUGGUUAACGAUAGUAUAAAAUAAGGAAUAAUAAUACGAAAAACCCAAAGGUUUAUUAUAUUAAUUUGUUUUAUUAACUACAGGUUUAAGAAGUAUUUUCUGAACAUACCUGCAAAUCUUUCCAAAUAUUAUAAUUUGUCUACUUAUGAUGAAUGGAUAGAUGAAAGGCAUAACUCUUGUGGAAGGAUGGAAAGACAAGGGUGUCCUUUGAUCGAUAUGAUACAUUAUAAUCAUAGUUUCUAGCAUUAAAGCAAUAUCAGAUCGUUUUUGUUAUUGUUUGUGCGUUACAGAGGAUAGGGAUUGAUAUUUCUCUAUUAUUAUUAACAUUUCGUUUCUUCUAUUUGUUACAUCCCUUUGACGCUUAGCAUCAUUAAAGUACAACAGGAUGGUGUAGCUGAAUUACAUUCAUUUCAAUAACUAUUUUUCCAGUUAUUUGUAUCUUGUCAAGAUAAAUUAUUUGUCACAUUACAAUGUUACCCCAAAAAUGUGUCCAAGAAGAAGUUCACUGUGCAAUGAAAUUUUCUUUAUUUGAAUCGUUUGUUAAACUUGUUUUGUCAUUUAGCAUACAAGACGAUCGAUGCGUCUUUGAUCUUGUCGUAAUCAUAUAUUAUGAGUAUGGAAUAUUAAGAAUAAUGUUUUAUAUAUUGAACAGAGAAAUUAUUUAUUAAAUCAUCAAGGAUUAUAAUGAUAUCAAGAGAAUACUGUACUAUAUAUAUUAUAGAAAUCGAAUGUACAUAUCUGUUUACAUCGUUAGUAAAGAAAUGAUGAUACAAAACUACGUGUAUAUGAAUAUUUGUUGAAAACAUAAAUGUCUAUUCUAUUCUAUAUGCAAUAAAGCGUAAGAUUAUGUCAUUAAUUUAUUUAUACAAUUACAUGCAUUGCAUUGAUAUUUCCAUGUAUUAAAUAUUAAAAUAUAUAUGGUUAACGUUGUCUUCACAAUUUAAAGCUAUGUUUCAAAAUCUUCAGUUAGAUGCAUAUGAUUUAAGUCGAUAUAUAGCAAAAUAAAUAACCCUCAGCCGUAGUGAAUUCUAAAAACACCUCAUAAUGUGUAAUAUCAAAUAAAAGAGAAAUGAAAAUAAUACGAUUUUUAUUUUUAGAUAUUUACAGUAACUUUCACCGAACAUCAUUGAUAGAACAUCAACAUAUCUGGAAAAUGUGUCUUUCGGUACAAAUGGAACAAUCUUUAAUAGGAGUUUUAUUCUAUAUUCCUUUUAGCUACCAAAAUUAGUCAUUAUUCUUUUUAAUAUUUGUUGUUAUUGUUAUAGCUUCCCUCUUAGGUUUAAUUCAGUUUAGUUCAAUGAAGUUUAAUUUAUUGGUCAAGCACAAAAAUACAGAUAUAAUUGGCAUAACAAAAUACUACAAUUUGUUGCACCCCCCCCCCCAUUCAUCUUCAUGUUGUACCUACAUUUUAACCGAUUCGUCCUGACAUCCUUUUGAAGUGGGGAUAUAAAGUUUUAUUUUCGGUGUAUUUAUGGUAAAAAUCAAUUCUUUAUGUGAUCGAAAAUUGUUGUAGUGGGUUUGAAAAUUUGUUCUGUAAAACGAAUAGUGUACGUUUAUAGUGAUAUUAUAUAUGGUGCAAGUUAUUAUAUAAAUAUUACCCAAAUGUAAUAAAAGUUAACCAAACUUUGCGUGUUUUUAAAUUUA